UACCGUCUUUGAAUGCAUCAUCAUUUCAGGUCUGUGGUCUGGUGGUCAGCUGAUGUGUACUGUAUAGGUAAACAUGUCAACGAUAACCGCACAGACGACUAUGGGACGAAAGAUACUUUUUUUUUUACCGGCGUCAUUCCUUGGCUUUUUUAGGAUGUAUGGUGAGCACUUUUGCAUUAAUUUACGGUGGCUCAAGAACACUGCCUUAAAUGCGGUCCGCGGUGAUUAAACAUUGCGCACUUGCGUGAGAUGCUUCCCUGCCAUGCUAAUGAUGAAGCUAACGGACAGUGGCUGCCUGACAUCCAAGUGGAUGGAAAUGACACCGUAUUAUUCCCAAAACAAUCGCCUCAGCGACGGAUAGUCGAACCAGUCAGUUGUUGGUAAAUGGUAAUGACUUCGUCAAAGCCGCGGUGAUGCCUUCAUACGCAUAGCGGUGUAGUUUCAUCACUUUGCAGAGAUGUCAUUUACAAUGGAGGAUAAUUUUGAGUCGGGCUGGGUUGCCGUUCGCCCAAAUGCCUUCGAGGAGAAGGAGAAGCAUAAAUUUGUCUUUAUCGUAGCCUGGAACGAAGUGGAAGGCAAAUUUGCCAUAACAUGUCACAACAGGACGGUGCAAAGGAAAAGCUUCGGCGCAAGCAGCAGAGACCCUCCGUCGGAGGAUGGAGACAAAACAAAAUGGCCCGGAAGUCCCGCCGGGGACAAAGUGUCCAGGAACGCCAGCUCACUAGCCAGGGAUGCUGCAGUAAAAAGCCUUAAAAGCAACCUCCCAGGUUCCAAACUAAGUCCUGUUAAGAUUAAAACAGUGGUCAACUAUGUGUCAUCUCACGUCAAGUGUGAUGCAGAGUCACAGCGAGAGGAGCAAUUGCCCCCCGUGGACACACUGGACCUGGAAGAUGUUUUAAGCAGAGAGGACUGCAGCUGGGCAGGCCUCUUUUCCUUCCAAGACCUACGGGCGGUCCAUCAGCAGCUCUGCUCGGUAAACUCCGCAUUGGAGCCCUGCCUCCCCGUCUUCCCAGAAGAGCCAAGCGUGAUGUGGACCGUGCUGUUUGGACCAGCUGAGGUCUCUGAGACUGAGAUGGAUGAGCUGUGUUCUAAGUUGCAGCUCUACCUUGGCCAUGCGCUUGAUAUAUGCGGCUGGAAGAUCCUCUCUCAGGUUCUGUUCACGGAAAAUGAUGACCCAGAUGAGUACUACGAGAGCCUGAGCGAGCUGAGGCAGUGUGGAUACGAAGAGGCACUUCUCCGUGAAAGUAAACACCUGCAAGAGCUUCUGGAUAAACAUAGGAGCAUGGACAGCAUGGUUGACUUGUUGGAACUUUAUGAGGAGGAGGACCAGGCCUAUGGAUGCUUGCUGGAGGCCUCCACGCAACUGUACCAGUACCUGCUGCAGCCAUUCCGAGACAUGAGGGAGCUAGCCAUGCUGCGGAGACAACAGAUCAAGAUCUCCAUGGAGAAUGACUACCUGGGCCCAAGGCGCAUUUAUGCCCUCCAGCAGGAGGACUCGGAUUGGCAGAGGAAAGCUCAAGAAGCCGUGCUCAUUAUCCAGGAAUUCACUGUAAAAUACUUUGAGACAACAGCUAAAGCACAGAAAGGUGUUUAUGAACGUAUGAAGGUGGACCAGCGCAAGUUUGGUAAAGCUUCAUGGAGAGCAGCAGUGGAGCGCAUGGAGAGAAUCCGCUACUCUGUCGCCAAGGAAACCCUGCAGCUGCAAAGAGCCCGGGAGAUCAGCCUGGAGCAGAGGAAACACACCCUUCGAGACGAGAUGCAGAGUCUGUGUAGCGGUGAGGAUGCGAUGACCCUAUUGGACCAGAUGGAGUCACAGUACUAUGAGCUCCAGCUCCAACUUUAUGAUAUCCAGGCUGAGAUCCUUCAGUGUGAGGAGCUGCUUCUCACUGCUCAGUUAGACAGCAUUCGAAGACAAAUGACAGAGCACCAGAAUGAGGUGCUGUACUACGACACUUUUGAAAGCGCUGACGACAUAACAGCGGAGGACACUGCCGAGAUGGAAGAAGUGCACCGGCUUCAGGUCAGCGUGCGACAACUGGAAGCGAGAAGGGGACGCAUCACUGCCAAGCGUUCUUAUCUGAAGAGCAAGAGGGAGAUCUGCGUAUCAAACCACUUGAAGAAACAGCAGAUGCGUCAAAGCACGCAGAAAGACUCUCAUCAGAUAUUACAGCCGAAAUACGAUGAAGAGGAAGAUGAGAGAAAAAGUAGCAGAGUGCGUCAAGAAAGACAGAGGACACUCGAUAGACUUCGCACCUUCAAGCAGCGCUACCCGGGUCAGGUGAUCCUCAAGUCCGCGCGUUUGCGUGCGGUCCACAGCAGAAGGAGAGAGCGCGGCAGGAUUAUGCAAACGGACUCCGAUGGUGAAAGGGCGGAGCGUUCCGACCCCACCGGCACACAAGAUCCGGCCCGGUGGCCCCCGCGCCUCAGCACCAGCGUGCAGACGGACCCCAGUUCCACGCUCACCACCCAGCCCGUCACAGGCCUGGCAGCGCAGUCGCUUCCUCCUUUGCCCGCGCCCAGUCCCGCAGACUCAUUCUGCUCUCCUUGCUCCCUGUCGUCAUUGCUGGCAUCCCCGGCCUCACCUCCGCCUCCACCCCCUCCUCUGCCUCUCCUGCCAAUACGAGAACAGGUGUCCCCCUCUGGGAGCCCGGGCAGACAGAAGGCUGAGGAGCAGAGUGUGUCGGAGGAGCGGCCUCACUCCCCACUUGGCCCCUUCCAUCCUCGCUUCUUUGACAGCAGCCAACUGGUGAGCGCCCGCAAAAAACUGAGGAAGACUCCAGGCUUUGAGGCCCACAGCAGACGAGGGAGCUCCCCCAUGGACGAAGUGCUGGCCUCCCUGAAGAGAGGCAGUUUCCACCUGAAGAAGGUCGAGCAGCGGGCCGUCCCUCCCGCUCCCCAGAGCGACGACGACUCCAACAGCAUCUUAGCUCAGAUCCGCAAGGGUGUCAAACUGAGACAAGUCCCCCAACAAGAAAGGAAAGGCCAGGAGGAGACCGCUGCCUCCAGAGACCCUCUGACCAGGAGCAUCUAUGAAGCGCUUCGAAGAAUAAAGGAGGCGUCACCGGAGUCGGACUCUGAUGAGGAUGGCCCGGGUGGGCCGGACUGGGAAAGCUAGUGUUUGACACUCAAAACGCAACUAAUAGCACUACACAGUCACAAAUAGGAAUGGAUUUCUGUCCCUCAAGGUCCAUUCUUACACUGCUGUACCCUACUGGGAUAGUAUUUGACUCUGUACCCGAUGGCACUUCACACUUAUGGCGCUUUUCCAUUAGCUCGGUUCCACACCGAGACGGCUUGGCUUUGGCCCAGAAGAGGUAGCUUUUCCAUUCGCCGUUUUUAUGGUUUAGCGGUGACAAUGGAAGCGCUUUUCAGAACCAUCUAAAAGGGAGUUCUAAAGAGCCAGCUGUCUGGAAACGAGUGGAGUCAUGUCGUCACUGUCAUCUGAUUGGUCACCGACAGUAUCUCAAACGAACAUAAUAGCCUUUUAUAAUAACGCUGAACCUUAUUUACAAUUUCAUAUGUACUAAUGGAUUCUUUUUUUUCAUGAUUAAUGGUUAACAUGCACUGCUCAGCAGGUCCCGUUCAUUUGAAUGAGAGUUCUCCAAAAACAGUGAACAGCCUCGCCGCUCUCUGAGCACAAUCGGCCUUGGAACUAGCGGCUUUAGUUGGCCGUUGGAGGGCUUCGGACACGAUGAAGAUGACAAGCUGUUGACUUGGCGAGGCAGCCAAAUGAAUGAAUUUGAGCUCUACAUUCGGAAUGAAUGAGUGUUGGCGGUGAGUUUUGUGUGUCACUCAAAAAUCAUUAUCAUACUAUUCUUGGUACAUAGGAAAUUGUAAAUAUGGUUCAAUGUUGAUGUAAAACUGUGUGUACUGGAUUCUUGUAUUUUUAUCUUGACGGCGGCCCGACGGUGCCUCGUUGACUUAAACCCGAAAAGUGAUUUCUUCUGUGCAUUUGAUGGGCUUGACUUUGCCGCAUGGCCGCAUGACGCAACUGCAAUUCACAUUUUUAAUUGCCGCUAAAGACAAUGGUUGAGCCUUGCCACUUGUGAAAUGUUUUGGCAGAACCUUUCUAAUGGAAAAGCGGCAAUAAUGACAACACAAAUGUGAGUAUGUGUCGUACGAAGAAUCACCAAAUAUACAGUAGAUCACCCUGUUCAUUUUUUAUCAUAAUUUUCCACGCCGCUUACGAUUAUUGUAUAUUAUUCUGCCAUACUGUAAUUAUGCAAUAUUUAUUUGUAGUUAUUCAGUCGCGUCGUUUGUAGCCACACAGCCACAUGUUUUAUGAACCGACUGCACUGACCCUUAAUAUGAAAUGUAAACCUCAGGCAGAAUGCUUGCCAUUAUCACAAAAAUGCUCACGGACACGAUUUGUAAAUUGGGGUCAUAUGGAUUAUAUGAAUACAAAUCCCUCGGAGGUUUAAAAUAAGAUCACAUGACCAACCAUGAACAUGAAGCAAUACCAUUGUCACAUCUUCAAAAUGCUCCGUCCUACCUGCAUACGAUGAGCGGGUGCUGCACGUGGGUGUCACGUGUUUGUGAUGUUGUGCAGGCACUAGAGUAGAGGUGCGCUACUUGUCGAAUGUGACAUUGCAUGUAAGCAGCAACACUGGAGUCAUCCCCCUCUCCCUCCAGUCGUCUUCUGUUUUCAUCACCCCCAUGUUCCUCAUCCAGCGAGGACGACCAUCGGCUUAACUGCAGCAUUCUACAUGAUAGAGAUAUGGCACGUCAGCUCAUGGUCUAAGUGCCACACAGAAGGAGCAAAACGUGUUUUUGUGAAGAGCGGUAGGAGAUUCCCGAGCUUUGUAUAGAAUGUGGGAGGCUUUCCAUCACUCACUGGUGGCUGGUGAUCAACUUAUCCCCUCGCUUCUUUCUUCACACACGCUCACACUUGAGUAGGCAGUCACGCUCGGUUGAAAGUCGGUUACUCACACGCUACCCACACGCUACGUUGUCAGCCAGUGUGUGCAGAAAUAUUAGUGGCUACUUUAUGUAACUAUUUGACUUAGAUGUGACAGCUGUAUCGUGUAUUGUACAAAGACUGCAACUACAUGAAAUGGGCAAAAGUGUUGGGACACAUUUCUGUGCGCACCUACAGAAUCACGAAAUACAACUGUAACAAGCUGGGAAAUGUUUGGCCACUAACAUGUGAGGUCAGUAGUGGAGUCACACAUUGCUCAUCCGAGGCCUUCAUGUCACGCUGCAACGGAAAAGGACCCUCCCCAAACUGUUCCCACACAGUCAGAAGCCUCGAAUUAUGUUAAAAAUGUUUGGAAACUGAAGCCAUAAGCAUCAUUCAUCCAGCCAGUUAUUCACUUUCUAAAUCGUUUUGCCUCAAUAGGGUUGCGGGUGAGCUGGAAUCUAUUCCACUGGACUGGUUGCCAGUCAAUCGCAAGGACGCAUAUUGGAAAACCAAAAAAAAAACAAUUCACACUCAUGUGCUGACCAUGAGGAUACCACGCUGGCCACCAUAAGCUUUCUCAAUACUUGAGCAGUACUGUAUGCAUAUGACUGGCUUAGAGCAAGAUGGCACGGACAGUUCAAUUGUCAAGGGAUAGUGUAGUUCCAAUCAGAGGUGAUCUGGGCUCACCUAGUUAAAGUGCUUAUUUUCAUCACUUUAAUAUGCUGAUUUAAUUUAUGCGUACAGUGAGUUAAGUCCAUUUCAAAGCCCCGAUUAUGGAACAGUUCAUCAUGACGUAUUGCUAAAAAUGUGUAUGCACUCUCUUGCUUAUUGCCCAUGCGUGGAUCCUGAAGUACUUUUCUCAUUAUAAAGCCGUUUGAAGUCCAAACAAAAGUUGAGGCGUUCAGAAUGGCAAAGAGCGGCUUUUCUGUGCUUGAGGUCACACUGCUUAUUAAAUCUUAACCCCGAUGUACAAGCAGUAUUCCAUAAUUUCAUCUCACAUAACACUGACCAGGAUCACCAAUUGUACUUGUCAAGGAACAGAAACCAUUCAGUGCCGUUUGGCUUAAAAAGCACUUUUUCCCUUCACGUUUUAUCAACAAGCUUUUUAAUGUAACUUGACUAAUGUAUUUGCUUCGCAUGUCAUUGCCUACUUCGUCCUUUCUCUCCCUCGGCCUUUUCAGCCAAACGUGAACGUCUUCUAUGUCGAAUCGUGCUGCCUGACUAUUUGUCCCCAUUUGAGAUUUGUUCUAGCAGUACAAAGAAAGGCACUCAAACAUGUAUAAUCAUCUCACACAGCAACAUUUAAAUGCUUCGACAUAUUUCCCCAAAUGCUUUUUUUCUGCUGUUAAACUUACAAAUCAUUUUGUUUGUUUGUUUUUACAACCUUUCUCCUGCAUUUAAAUAAAACCUUGCGAUGCAAAAUACA